AUUUCUGAGCAAAGGAGCAUUAGCAUUUAGCAUUUCACAUUAGCAUUCCUAAUGUGAAACGGAGGCUCGUUAAGGGAGAGCUAACCCUUACACUGCACGAACCGACGAGGAAAGUAAAGGAAAGGGUCAAAUCUAAAGCUUUCCGGUAUAAACGCGGAAAAUACUGCUGUGAUGGAUGGGUGUGAACAAAAGAAGAUCCGUCAUUAAAACUAGUAAAGGUCUGUUGUUCGGUUUUAUGUCAGCGCAAAAUCAUGUUUAUUAAAGCCGGGAUCAUGGAAGUCUACAGCCGAAUCACGAUCAUCGUCUUUCUCUCGGGGAUCCUGGUAUUUCUGGACGGUGAAGCGAAGAAAGUGUCCGUCUUGGAGGGAGAUUCUCUUACCUUAAACACGAACCUCUCUGACAUACACAAGGUCGAUCUGUUGAUGUGGAUGUAUGGAGCUCAAAGCGCUAUCAUCGCUAAACUCGAUGGAAAAAGCCAGACGUCUUCGUUUUAUGAUGUGGACGAUGAAAGAUUUGAAGAAAGACUUCAGCUGGACAAUCAGACUGGAUCUCUCAGCAUCAGAGACAUCAGGACCAAACACUCGGGAGAUUAUCAGCUGAAGAUCAUCAGCACUGAGACCUCAUACCAGACCUUCGGUGUGACCGUCCACGAUGUGUUUUUUGCUGGGAUAACAAACAGUAAAGAGGGAGAGUCCAUCACUCUACAUACUGGUGUCAAUGAAAAACUGAAAUAUGAUGUGAUUCUGUGGACGUUUGGACCGUUGAGUCCAGACUCUUUCGUUGCUGAAAUCGACAUUAUGAUCCAUAAGAUCUCGUACAGCGAUAAUGAGAGAUUCAGACUGGAUGAUCACACUGGAUCUCUGACCAUCACGAACACCAGAACCACAGAUACAGGAGUUUAUCAACUACAGAUGACCAACACUAAAGAGACCUUCUACAAGAGAUUCAACGUGUUUGUCUCGGUUCCUGAGCCAGGUCUGUCUCCAGUAGCUUUGGCCAUACUGAUUUGUCUCUGUGUGCUGCUAGUUGGGUCUGCAGUUGUAACCGCUGGUGUGUGUUACUAUCGCCGCAAGUACUCGAGACUAAAGCAUGAAAUGAAGACAAAAGAAGUGACGGAGGGAGAUUCUAUCACUCUACACACUGGCAUAACCGAACCACAGAGAUAUGAUAAAAUAGUCUGGACGUUUGGACCUCAAGGCUCAAUCAUCGCUCAAAUUUCUUUAAAGACCAAUGAGGCUUUACCUAGCGAUGACGAGAGAUUCAGAGACCGACUGCUGCUGAACAGUGAGACAGGAGAUCUCACCAUCAGAGACGUCAAAAUCACACAGUCGGGAGAUUAUCAGCUGAAGCUCAUCAGCACCAGAGAGACCAAAUCCAAAAGAUUCAGGGUUAUUCUCUAUGUGGACUCACUACGAUUCUCAGAGGGAGAAAAAGUCACUCUAAACACCGGUGUUAGUGAACUACAGAGGGAUGAUCAAGUGCUCUGGAUGUUUGGAUCUGAAGACACCAUUUUAGCUAAAAGAGAUGGAGGCACCAAUCACCGUUCAUAUAAUGAUAGUGAUGACGGGAGAUUCGGAGACAGACUGGAGAUGGAUGAUGGGACUGGAUGUCUCGGGAUCAAAAACACCAAAAGCACAGACUCUGGAGUUUACCACCUACAAAUCAGCAGCAGAAAUAAUGUCUGGUAUAAGAAGUUUAGAGUUACAGUAUGGUUGGAUACACUAAAAGUGACAGCGGGGCAAUCUGUCACUCUAAGCACUGAUGUCCCUGAACUAGAGGAAGACAGUAAGAUCCUGUGGACACAUGGAGAUAAUGACACCUGCAUUGCUGAAAUCAACAGAGCCACCGGUAAGACCUCAGUUUAUCGUGGUAACGAUGUGAGAUUCAGAGACAGACUUCAGCUGGAUCACCAGACCGGAUCUCUGAUCAUCUGGAACAUCAGCAUCGCACAUUCGGAUGUUUAUAAACUCCAGAUCAGCAGCCGCACAGUGAAUAGAUGCAAGAGAUUCGUGAUUAUUGCAGAUGAAAUCAAAGUGCGAGUGAUGGAGGGAGAUCCUGCCAAUCUAAACACUGAUGUUCAUGAACCACAGAGAGAUGCUCUGAUACUCUGGAUGUUUGGCCCCGAAGACAAUCUUAUAGCUAAAGCUGAUAUGGAGAACAAUAAAAUGUCAACAUAUGAUGGUGUUAAUGGCAGAUUCAGGGACAGACUGGAGCUGGACCGUCAGACUGGAUCUCUCACCAUCACAAACAUCACAAACACUGACUGUGGACUUUAUAAACUCAAGAUCAUUAGCAGCAGCGAGACCAAAUACAAGCGAUUCAAAGUUACUAUUUGGGGGAACAGUGGGAGAGAGAUCAACAGAGAAGAUCCUGAGAGAUCCCUUCAGAUAGAGAACUCAGAGGGAAUACCCUUGCUUCCAGUGAACAGCAGCAGUAGUGUCUGACAGAUUAAUCUUAUCUAAAUCCCAUUUAUACUGAAUACUUUUAUAAAAAAAAAAACUUUUUUUAUUAAAGGUGCCAUGUGUAAGAAUUGAGGUUAAAAUAUCCCCCCAAAAAAUAGCAACAUGCAUCAAAAGAAUAAGAAGAAAUAAGGUUGAUGAUGUUGUAAAUAAAUGACAAGUUAUCUGAGGCUGGACCAGGGCGGCACUACCCCGCCCACAUUACUUACUGGCCCGCCCAGGCAAGUUUGAUAAAAAAAAAAAAAAAGUUUAUUUUUAUUAUUCAAAUGUAUUGAUAUAUACUUGAUUUAUUGUUGACUGCUAUGCGUGUUUAAUUCGUUUCCCUAAUAAAAGGGAACUGUUUAAGCAAGAUGUAGAAAGCCUCCCUCCGGAACGUUAUCGGUUGCUGGGGGAACGUUAUUGGUCGCUAUGGUUGCUGGAGGAACGUUAUUGGUUGCUAUUGUUCCUGGGGAAACGUUAUUGGUCGAUAUGGUUGCUGGGGGAACGUUAUUGGUUGCUAUCGUUCCUGGGGAAACGUUAUUGGUUGCUAUGGUUGCUGGGGGAACGUUAUUGGUUGCUAUCGUUCCUGGGGAAACGUUAUUGGUUGCUAUGGUUGCUGGGGGAACGUUAUUGGUUGCUAUCGUUCCUGGGGAAACGUUAUUGGUUGCUAUGGUUGCUGGGGGAACGUUAUUGGUUGCUAUCGUUCCUGGGGAAACGUUAUUGGUCGCUAUGGUUGCUGGGGGAACGUUAUUGGUUGCUAUCGUUCCUGGGUAAACGUUAUUGGUCGCUAUGGUUGCUGGGGGAACGUUAUUGGUUGCUAUCGUUCCUGGGGAAACGUUAUUGGUUGCUAUGGUUGCUCAUCAGUCUAUUGGUUUUUAAAUGUCAUAUUAUUAAUUAUAUAAUAUGAUAAUAUAAUUUUUAAUAAUAUAUUUUAAAAAAUAUUAAGAAA